AAGACCAUGCGUACCCCGGGGAUUAUAAUCUUUGGUUUAGUUUCCGUGCCUUGCAGCUGGAUUCUGACCCUGACGACUACAGUGGCACCAAACUGGCGCACUGUCCACAACAUCACUGGGCAUCCCACGGAUUUAAUGCUACACCAGGGAAUCUGGGAUAUCUGCAGGUCCUUUAUGAACUCUAGAGACGUCCUGUGCAAACACGAGGACACUGAAUACUUUAAUAAUCAGAUCAUCGAAGUCGCGCGCAGGAUGACGAAGCCACCGUCGAUAGUGACUCUAUUCGGUCUCGGCUUGAUGACUGUCGGAACCACCUGCUGGACUAAAAUACCGAGAAUAAAGUGGGCGGGUGUCGGUGGUUUUCUCAUCUUGUGUUCCGGGGUUCUGGUUCUCAUCCCUGUCGCAUGGUAUAACCACAUCAUGAUGGACAUCAAUGCUCCUUCAACCGACAUCCGUAUCGGAUACUCCCUCAUCCUGGGCUACACAGGAGGAAUAUCAGAGCUUCUCGAAGGAUUUGUGGUAUUCAUUUGGAUAUUCCGAUGUUGUGGAGGGAAAAAUAGUGGAGGACUUGAUACUGAACCGAGGGAUACGAUUACCACACCAAGCACCAGUGUGACCCGGAGCCGAGCGAGCAGCGUCCCAUCGCACAUUGACAAACAUGACAUCAGCUUCCGGCGCAACAAAUUAGCACUGACCCUGUAG